AUUGUGGGCUGUUAACUGGAAAUUCCUUUUUCGAGUCGAAAAUAGUUUUGUUUGAGUGCUCAUUGUUUAUUGUUAAUGUUCUUUUCUUAUUUUUCUUACAAAAGUAUGGUGCAAACAUAUGGAUUUGUCUUCAGUUUUUACUAAUAUUAAAUUUUCCAUCAUUUAUCAUAAACGAUAGUGAUAUUAUUAAGCAAAAUGUCAAGUAGUUCCGUAGAAGAUAUUCCCGAGUGCAAAGACUUAUUCACUCAAGAUGGGGUACUCCUUAAAGCUUGCAUCGGGCGUCCUGUCACAGACCUCAAUUCAAUUGGGAUGUUAUGCAUAGUUCAGAAUGGGGACAACACUAAAUGUAUUGAGUGGCGACCCAAUGACUUGAUCACAAUUGAUUCUGAUACGCAGGACCAAGAAUGGGCUGUGGUCAACACUAUUGUUUACUACGGCAAUGAAGGCGUGAACGGCAAGCGUGAUGUGUCCGAAGAAGUGGCUGAUCUGUUGACCAAGAGUAUGAGUGCCUUGGAAGACGCGACGACAGUGACGAAGAACGAUGAAUACGAGUACCUAUUGGACUACUACCCGUGGCAUAUGACGCACUCUGAACUACGAGCUUUGCACAAAAAGAAGACCGAAGAAUAUUUCUCCAUGAAGCUGCAAUGGAAAUCCAUGACCGAAGGCCAGGAAGCGAGGUUCUCAGAGUACAGAGACAGGAAGAGUUUGGUAGAAAAGGAUGUCAAUAGGACUGAUAGGACACACCCUUUCUUCGCUGGUGAUGACAAUCCUAACCUGGUGCACCAACUGCUGCAGCUGCAGCAGCUGUUGUCGUUCGCGAGCCCGCAGCUGGCGCGCCACCUGGCGGCCAAGGACUCGGGCAACAUGUACUUCUGCUUCCGACUCUGGGAAGUGCUAUGGACGGGGUUGCCAUGCAGCAAUUUCCACUUGUUGAUCUGUGUUGCCAUACUCGACGCGGAGAAAGACAGUCUCAUAAGCAGAGAUUGUGGAUUUACAGAAAUACUAAAACACGUAAACGACCUAUCAAUGUGCCUGGACGUAGACAGGAUACUGAGUUCCGCCGAAGGUAUCUACCACCAGGUGGUCUCCGCCCCAGAUCUGAACGACCAGAUCAGGGUCAUACUCGGUCUACCACCCGUCGGGGCCACCAGUAGUACCCAGGGUAAUGACGAUGAAGAAGAGACUCCACAGGACAACGGUACGGGUGAAACGAGCGAAGGCUCCGCGUAUGGCAAAGAUAUGGAGGAAGAUACACUCGAAUAUGACGGGAUUCAAUUGUAUAUUGUAUCGAAAACAGUGUGGGCAUUGCUCGCCUAAGGUCUGUACAUUUAAAUAAACAAUUACGAUAAUAGACUGGAAAGAGUGAUAUUUUUUAUACUUUUAUAAUAGGAAUUUUGGAAAUUAUGAUUGCCUCCUAUUUGAUAUUGCUAGGGCAAAUAGGGAUGAUGACUAAUUUUUUUUUCUUCAUUUAUCGGGUACAAUAUCAAAAAGUAUUGGACACGUAUUUUUGCUUUUUUCACAUAAUAUAAACAUUGCAGAGAUAUAUUGAUUUCAAAAGUCGCAUGACGUUACGUUUGAGUACACUUAUAAGUGAAAAUUCACUCAAAAGUGACGUCACGAGCCCCUACUCCCAAACUUUGACGCGCUAUAACUUUGUCAUUUUUUGCCAAAGAAAAUAUACGUGUCCAUUAGUUUUUGAUCAUCUAACUGACGGACUAAAUAGAAUUUCGUUUACUGUACCCCGUCAUCACCCCUAUUGUGCUUUGUACUAAUCGCAAAAAAGUAGCAUAGCAGUAGAUUGCAUUGUUGUUUUUCUCCCGAACUAUUGAUUCCUUAUAAUUUUUUUUUUACUAGAAAAUAAGCAACUAUUUGGGUUUCGGACAGGACACGAACUUGUGUCUUUCGCUGUCGGGGCGGAUGCACUAACCGCUGUGCUACCGAGACCUUAAUGAUUGAUCGUGGCGAAUUUCUUCUAGUAUAUCUUUGGCUACAAGGCCUUUAUAAUUUGUUUAUUCCUUAUUAUUUUUUUUCUUAGAAAAAAUUCAACUCUGUCAAGGUUUCGGGCAGGACUCGAACUUGCGUCUUCCGCUGUCGGGGCGGGUGCACUUACCGCUGUGCUACCGAGACUUUAAUGAUUGAUCGUGUCGAAUUUCUUCUUGUAUAUCUUUGGCUGCAAGGCCUUUAUAAUUUGUUUGUAGUGAUAUUUAUAUACCGCAAAAAUUCAAAGUGUAGAUGUUAAUUCACAAUUCUGCGACAUCCAAUGUUUAGAUUUGGUUCCUAUUUCAAGUAUUAUGUUGUAUAUUUAACGGUGCGACCUCAGAUACGGCAAUACAUUUAUCAGUUAAAUGAUGUCUGGGACACCUUUAGUUGCUUGAUACUGUUAUGAUAGGUUCCGAAAAACUGUCCCGAAAAUGUUGUUAUGUUAAAUGAUAAAACGAUGUUGUUUGUACGAGUAAUUUAUUGCUACUGUUCAAUUCACUUAAUAAAAGGCAUAACGAGUCGCGCGCAGCGCCCACGUUAGCAAAAUACUUAAACAUAUAGAAUUGUACUGGUUUGCCCGUACAAAUGAGAUAUGAUGAUGCUGUUUCUUCCCUUAUGAUUGAGAAAAAAAAUAGGACAACACUUUACUGGCAAGCAUUAUGUUUAAAUAAUAACACCUUUAAGGUCGACAGUAAAUAAUUUAUUAUUGCAAUAGAAAUGUUAGUAAAAACAUAUUAAUUAAAUUGGCAGCUAAAACUGAGGCCCAAACACGAAUUUUAACAGCUAAUCUAAUCUGACAGCUAAGCUAAUAUGCUGUAAUCGUAUCGCAUCGUCAAAGUUUCUAUGAAAGCUAAGCAGCGCCCCUAGCGGACGUAAGAACAAACUGACUCCUUCCAAACAAAAUUUGAUGAUGACGCUGCGAUUAUGGUGCUGUCAAAAUUUGUACUUGGCCUCUGUUAAUUUGAAUAAACUAGUAUUCUGUCUCUUACAACGAAAUCAAAAUUAUCAUUUGUCAGUCAGAGACAAGACCAUCGCAAUGUAGCCUAAUCUUCACACAACAUCAUUUUAUUUUUAAGCAUACAGCACAGCUAUAUGUUUAAAUCUAAAGAAAAAUCCCUCGCAGCUCAAGAAAUACUAGAAGUAACUCGACGGGGGCAUUAAAGGUCGCGGUAGCAUAAUCAGUGCAUCCGCCUGGAUAGCGGAGCGUGCGGGUUUGAGUCCCGUCCGCUGUCUGGAACGCAUGCAUUUUUCUCUAAUAAAAUUUGCUUUAGAUUUAAAUAUCAUUCUAGUUUUGGCAAAACCCAUCUUUAUGCCGCAUUUACAUUUGGUCGUUAGCCCGUAUUCGGGUGCACGAAUGAUAUUACCCGAAUUCGGGCACCCGAAGCAAUAUUUACACUGAAAUACGGUGUCGGGUAAAAAAAGGAAAUCUACCUAAUACGGGCGUACUCCACCUCGUUCAUUUACCCGAAUUCCAUUGGCACUCGUAAUCGGGCUAACGGCCAAGAGUAAUCGCGCCGUUGUUUUCGUGAAAAAUAGUCUUAUGGCCAGUGUCAAUGAAUCGCGCCAGGAAGUUAUAGACCUAUUUGAGCAUCGUAACCUAGAUUUAAAAUAUUAUUUUGAUUAAAAUAACAACUGUUGCUAAGCAACGAAGCAAUGCCUUUUACUGUAGUUUGAUUAUAAUAAAAUUUGUGGUAAAAAAACAAUAGUAUUGUUGUUUUGUUUAACCCACCAACUAUUUUCUUGCCAUUAAUGUUGGGAAGUAGCUUAGGUGGCACCAUUGACCGACCGAACCAAUGAUCGACAUCCCACUCUGCAUUGAAAACAACAGUAAGCCACCGAUCGCUAAAUAUGGCAACAUCGAGAUUAAGAGGGGAGGCGGGCAGUGAUUUGUCCAUACAGUCGUUCUUGACAGAUUCAUUCCUUAAUGUUUAUUACUAAAGAAAUUAUUUUCAUAUAUAUAAAACUCAAAGGUGAAUGACUGACAUAGUGAUCUUUCAACGCACAGCCCAAACCACUGGACGAUCUGGCUGAAAUUUGGCAUACAGGUAGAUGUUAUAUACGUAGGCAUCCGCUAAGAAAGGAUUUUGAUCAAUUCUACUAUUUCAUUUCUUAUAAAUAUAUCUAAUUUUCGAGGAGGAAAUCAUCGAGAGCUAAACCUUGAAUUUUGCCAUUUUUAUACGAAAUUUUCAGCGUUAGCUACUGUUGGUUCUAUCGCACGGUAUUUGCCAAUGCGCGCGACAGCAAUAGUUCUUUCAAAUACUUAUUUCUCAGCUCGCGUCCUCUCUUAAAGACACUCGGUGUUAGCGAUCGGCCGGCCACCCACUUUGAUUGGUCACAGAAAAAUGUCGACCAUUUGCUCUUGUCUGUGAUUGGUCCCACUACGAUACUCUGGCAAUAUUAUUUGAUGUAAACUAUUCUUAAAUCUUCUUUACCCACCUGCGCCUUAAGGAGGAUAUUGUUGUUUUUCAAAUAGGAGACAUAUUUUCCAUUUAUGUAAUUGAUUGAUGUUCAUAUGUAUUCGCCAGCCUAUCAGAUCUUCAUAGUUUUUUUGUUAAUCCUAAAAAGCCAAUUGGAAGCUGUGUAUGGUUGAUUGUGCCACAUUAACAGAAUUAUUCCUAUUUUAGUAUAAAUACAAUUUGUAUUAAUUAUUAUGGUGUUCUUUAACUGUUACGAUGCAAUUAAAUAGCAUAACAUUAUUUUAAUUCCUAUUAACUAUUUGUGGUGAUUAAAAUUGAUGAUUUAUGUUGUGUAGUAAAUUUUAUUGUAUAAUGAAAAAGUGGAUGCCUUGUGAUUUAUAUUAAGCAAAUAAAAAUGUAAGUUACAUUAUUUUAAUUGAAAAUUAUGAUUUAUGUAAGAGAGGAUUUCAUCAAAUUUAAUUGAAAUUAGAUAUAUUAUAGUUUUAGUUAUUUGAAACAGAUGAUUGUGUGUAGAUUUAUUACAAAAACAAUCUUUGUAACUUUAUCUACUUACAUACUUCAACUACAAAACUUUCAUCUCUAUAAAAUUUUCCCUACUUUUAAAUAAUCAAUUAUAUAUAUGUGAUGAUUAUCUAUUAAACACAAAUGCAUAUUAAAAGUUAUGUUUCCUUUAUCAAAUUGUAUUAAAAUUUUGCAAAUCAUAUGUUCUGUUUCAUUGUUUAGUAGGUACCCUUUUCAUAGUUGUGAUAGAUAUUAACCUAUUAUGAGUUUUCCAGAAAGCCAUUUCGCCUUCCCCCUUAAAUACAGGUUUUUGGAGAAAAGACCCUCAACACGCAAAUUAUAUAUCAAAAAUUCAAUAGUUACUACAGAGUAUGUAUUUCUGCAACAUUAUCUAUUACUGGAUCAACAUCGUCGCAUGCGGUGUCUUUGCAACGCCUUAGUUAAUCUUCUUACAGAACUUUGUUUUAAAUGGCAUCUCUUAUCUAUUAGACAAGUCCGUCUGUCUGUGGUGCUGUUUCAGCGGUCAGACCGUAAGAGAUAGAUAAAGAGAAUAUUUAAGUUAUAAGUUAAGAAUAGUCUGAUAAGACUACAAACCGGAUUUGAGUAACGUAGCACUUCCGGUUUUCGAGAAAUCAGGUUUUGGUGAACAUUUGGAUCACUGGUUUGCUAUUUAUAUUACUAAGGUGCAAACAAUUAAAUGGAUAAAUUAACAACAGGGCUCAAGUAAGUUCUACUGCAAUCAAGGAUGCGGCAGUGUGAUGUCGCUUGGCAACUAAACUUGCCGAACUGAGGAGCUCGAUGGCGCAGGUGGUUAGCGCGUUCGGCUGCGAUGGUUGAAGUUAAGCAACUUUCGCAGAGGUCGGUCAUUCGAUGGGUGACCAAAAACUUCUAUCUCGAGUACCUCCGUGCUUCGGAAGGCACGUUAAGCCGUUGGUCCCAUCUGCUGUCGUUAGCACCCGCCAAUCAGCACUGGGCCCUCGUGGCGGGUCAUGGCCUGUUCCCCAGCAGUGGGGACAUUAAUAGAUGAUGAUGAUGAUGAUGAACUGAACUUGAGCCGUUUUUCGGGUCGAAGAGUAUACCAGCGGUUCCUGGAGACCGGUGGCCAUGACCGGAGGAAUGGGUCUGGUAGACGUCGCUGAACUUCAGAGAAAGACGACCGAUUCAUGGUAUCGACAUCUAAGAAAUCUUUUCUCUAAUGCUGUUGAGUUGCAACAACAGCCCCAGGCAACUCGCAGAACAACCGUGCGCGUUUCUAUGGUUAGACAAACAUUGAGAGAGAAGAAGAUAGCGGUUCAUAGAGCUGCUACGGGUCCAAAAUUGACCGCAGAGCAUCGGCGAGCCCUUAUGCAGUUUGCUCGCAACCAUGUCAAUUGGACUCUUGACCUAUGGAGAGGUGUUCUCUUCUCAGACGAGAAGAGAGUGUGCCUUUUCUCCAACGAUAGACGCAGAACAGUGUACAGAAGACAGGGGGAACGUUUCGCCCAAGCCUGCAUCCAGGAGACCGUGGAAUACGGGGGCGGUUCCUGUAUGUUUUCGGGCGGCAUGUCGGCCGUAAAACCGGCGUUGGAAACAUCUCCCGGACUGAAGUGCUCGCGGGCAAGGGUCGCUUACUGCUUACUGGUACGUCACAGAAAUCCUGGAAGAGCAUGUGGUCCCCUAUGCCAGUUUUGAGAAGUUCAGCUCAGCAAAAAGCUUAAAGCAAAACUGUCGUAGUUCCACUAGAAUGCUUGCUAAAAUGCUUUCGUUUAUUUUUCUGUACAAUAAUACUAGCAAGAGUGCCCAUUAUAGGGAAUCAAAAUGCAGGUGAACAAUUAAUGUGUAUUUCACAUUAUGUAAUGAAAGGUGACUCUAUGAAUCAUCUCUGAAGUCGUUUUUCAACUUGAGGACUCUGUAAUAAUAAAACAGGGGGAAAAAAACAGCCCUUGUGGAGUUUCUUGCUGGUUCUUCUUAGAACAAGGUCUCCCACCGUAGAUUUAUGAACUGAUGGUGUAGCUUCUAGGCAUUCAUGAGUGCUUGUUACAGCCUUAACUGAAUCAAUGAUUUUGAUUAAGAUUAUUAUGAUAAUACUCAAUUUUAUCAUCACCUCAAAUUUGCUAUUAAAUAAGAGACUAAAAACAUUUGUGACAAUAAAAGUCAUUUGCAUUGCUUUCCAUAAUAUUAUUUAACACAACUAAGAAAAUGAGAUCAUUAUAAAAUUUUGUACUUCUGAAUAUAUGCCAAUGUUUACCUAUUUAAAAUUUUACAAACUUAAAACAUUCAUUGGCAUUUGUGAGUGGGAUUUCAAGUGAACAUUUAGACCAUACCGAGUCUGAUAUGACUUGUCACAUAAAUGACAAUGGAAAUUCUUUACCCCUGUGUGAGUCAAAGAGUGUCUUUGCAGUUCAGAUUUUGAGAAAAACCUCUUUCCGCAACUGUCACAACCAUACUUUUUCUCUUUCAGAUGGUUCUUACGAAUAUGAGAACUCCUGGAGCUGGAUGAUAUAAACGUGGCAUUGCAAACUUCACAUUUAUGAUUUCUUGUUCUCUUGUGAUUCCAUAGUACAUGGGAGUGGAGACCACCAGGAACCUUAAAUUUCUUUGGGCAAUAUUUGCAACUGUAAGGAUGGUUGUUACUGUGUGUUAACAUGUGGAUCCUAAUAUAUCCGGGUGGAUAAGAUUUGCCACACUGAUCACACUGCCUGAGCACUCUCUCGGACUUGCCUUUAUCCUUUUUGGUUUUAUUGGGCUGGCAAGAGUGAGCAUUCAAAUCAUUCAAGUUAUAAAAGCCAUCCCAGCAGUUUUCACACAAGUAUGGCCUCAUGUGCAACUUUCUAUGCAGGACUAGGGAGCGAAAGUCAUCAAACUUCUCAUUACAGUAUUCACAAUCUCUGCCAACUGUACAUUUCACAGUAUGACUACUGUUGCAAUGCUCACCGAGUGCUUUUACUGAAGAAAAGUCAGCUUUACACUCCACACAAAAUAAUGUUUGUAUUUCAUUUUCUGUGUCGAUCACUAGUGACUUUCUCGUCUCUCCUCUGCCCUUUCUUUUCUUUUCCUUAUAAUUAUUUGUUUGUGAUUCUUCUCCAUGGUCAGACUCAUAAAUUAACUCACAAUAAUUGUCAACAUCCGUUUCUAAAUUUACUAUGUUCUCAGCCAACUGCUUUGCACUAUUUUCUAUGAGAACUUUGAAGGAAUAUGUUAUUGUUAGUUGAUGAACACAAUUGAUGCAAAUAUUUUGUGGAUAUGAUUCGUCCAGAGAAACCUGGAAAUUUAUAAUAAGAUCAUUAUCUAAUAAGUCAAAAUUUCACUAAAUAUUAAUAGAUGCUAGAUUUGCACAGGCAGAGUAUAGAUUUGAUAAUAUUCAUCAAGUAACCUUGUAAUCAUAAAAGUUUUCUAAAAUUUCGGAGAAACGUAUAUCUUCACCGGCAAUUUUGAUGCAACUAUGUAUAUGGCGCAUAUGAUUAUCACUGCCCAGACAUGUCCUACACUUAUCUACUAGAUUCAUUGUUUUCAUGAAACAAAAUAAUCUGUUUUUAUUUAACACUAAAACAUAUAAAUUAAGAUUAGAUAUUGAUUGUUAAAAAUUAGGUUGUCCAUGUCAAAGUUGACUAAUGUAUGUUU